AUGGAAGAUUCCAACUUUGUGGAAGGCACUCCUGUAGAGCGUCGAAAAAGGAGGCACUGGACGCCGAAGUGGUGCGAGCUUAAUACUUGUAAAGCCGAUGGAAGUGCAAAAAGGAGGAAGCUUGAUGACGGUGCAAAUUCUUCAACCUCUCACGCGUCUGACAACAAUACUGGUGGAGCUGAUCAAGCAGCCACUCGGCCCCUGGGUGUUAAGGCAUCUAAGGGGCAUGGUAAGCAAAAGACUAAGGCAGAGGCGAAGUCGGCGUCUGAGUUUCAUAGCAUGUGGAGCAUCAAGAAGGAGGAUAUGGCCAUGAAGGAGAGGCUGUCGAAGAUGAAGCUGUUGGAUAGUCUUAUUGCAAAACCAGAACCGUUGCAUGAGUAUGAAGAAGCGCUGAAGAAGAAGCUUAUUUAUGACUUGUUGUCUUAA